GAUUUUUACGCGUCCGCAAAACAGGUUCUAAUUUUGGAGUGUUUGUACGGUCGUUAUUUGUUUAUGUAUCUGCUUCAUUCAUAAAUUGUAUAUUUUCCAAUAGUAACAAAGUUUUUGUUAUUGUUUUUUGUCGAUUUUUCGCUACACUUCUUUUGAUUUCAUUAUUAAAUACAACUCCAAUAACAACAACAAAACCACUAAAACGAAUAAAUGUUAAUAAAAACAAAACAGUAGCAAAUAAACAUAAAAUAAGAAGAAGAAUCUUCUUUCGCAUUUUCCCACAUCACACGGUUUUCAUAACAAAUUUGUUGUUGGCGUUCUUUGAGAGUAAAAACAAAGAGUGUGUAAAAUUUGUGCGUGUGAUUUGUUGUUGUUUUUAUUUUUGCAUACAAAUAAACUAGAAUCAACUAAAAAUAAAUUUUCAAAACAAAAACAAACCAGGGGAAAGAGUUAACAAAUACUUGCUCUUCCCUUUAUUAUUAUUGCUGUGUUGAUGUGGCGUUGUUUUCACAGUAAGACGUAAACAUAAUGGCAGAACGAAAAUUUACCCGGGCCUUAAAUAAGCCGGGUAUGGCUGCUCAAUUGCGUGAGACUGUAUCACAAGUUGUACGAGAGAGUGCAGUGUUGAUGAAAUAUCCAACAAACAAACAGCAUCGUAAUACUGGUAGCGAAAAAUGGAAUAAACCCCUCGUAGUGGAACCCAUAGACUUUGAAAGCUUCAUCUCCAAAAACAAAACUCUAAUACAAAAUGAUCCCCAAAGAGAAUUACUUAUAUAUCCAAGUGAUGAUGUAUCGGAAAAAAUUUUACCCCGCAAAGUACGCACAAAAUCCAAAUCCAUAAUAGAUCGCUUUGAACCCCCCAAUGAAACGAUAGUAUGUCCCUUGUAUGGUGGAUCAACAUCCACUAAUGGAUCACAUAAUGUAACAAGACAGAAUAGCAGUGCUUCCAAUAGUCCGCGUUUAACGCAACGACAGUUGAGUAGUCAAUCUACAACUUCUAAUGGUUCCAUACAACAACAACAGCAACAAAAUGGUGGUAACAUUUCACGCAAAUGUUCACAAACCUCAGCGCCACAACUUAAUUCUAUUAAAUCACCUACCUCAUCAUUGGAAUCAUACGAAUCGGCGCUGUCCACAACAAAUGGCACAACUAAAUCCAUAUCCUCCUCGUCAUCAUCAACACUCAAAUCAAGUAAUUUAGCACAACCCGAAGAUGAUGAUGAUUUAGAUACCAUAGGUGAUUCGUUGAUAAAUAAUGGAGUUGGUCCUCCGGCUAAGCCGAAAUUUGAAUGUUCACGUUUUACGCGUCAGGCCUUGUAUACGUAUCGUGCUAAAAAUCAUUUAAUACAUUAUAAAUACCAUGAAUAUGGUGGAACUUGUCAUGAUCUACCAAAAAAAACUUCCUCAGAAGUUUUAAGAGAAGAAGUCUAUGAAAUUGAUGCCGAUCAAGAUCGUAUCGACGAGCAAAUGUCACGGUCUCAGGCUGAUUCCAUUACUAAACAAGGUUAUUUGCUAAAAGGUCCGGACUCGGGUUCAGAUCGUAUGUUUGCUAAUAUUGGUAACAAGUCUUUUAAAAGAAGAUAUUGUUAUCUACGCCAAGAAGUGGAUGGUACUUAUAUAUUAGAACUACACAAAGAUGAAAAACAGGGUGAAGCGAAGGCCACCAUAGUCAUGGACUUUUGCACUGAAGUUGUGCAGAAUCCUAAACGUAGUCGCUAUUGCUUUGAACUACGCAUGACUGCCGGUCAUAAAUCUUUUACAUUAGCUGCCGAAAAUGAAGAAGAUCUCAAGGACUGGUUAAGUAAACUCUCAUUAGUAUUGCAACAGAACAAAAUCCAAGAAGAUAAACGAGUAGCAUCACUCGAAAGAACACCUCCUCCAAGUCCUAAUACUGUGAUGUUUGGUACCCUUAAGGGUCUUGAUCAAUCUAUGAAUCCACAAUUAAUUAAAUACGGAAGAGAAACUGAUAUAUCCAUAGCACAGGCAAGACGAGAAAAUAGACGAAGACUUUUUGCCAAUUACCAAUCGAGUUCGAAAGCAACACCUGCCGAUAAUGUCGAUCAGUAUAGAGAACAAUUUGGCAAACGUAUAUUCCUUAGUUGUCAAAGUCUAAAAUUUCGCCUACAAUGUCCUUCCGAUAGUCAAAGUUCGGCCGAUGGCAGUCAUGUCUGUCAGGUUGAACCCUAUAUAACUAGUCUGGCUCUGUAUGAUGUACGCGCAGGACGCAAACUUACAGAAUCAUUUUACUUCAACAUUAACGAUGAGCAUGUGCGUGAUAUGUUACCCUCAACACCCGUGCCACAUUCAGUGGCCGCUGCAAAUGUUCCCAAAAAAGAUGUGCAUGAUGAACGUACACGUAGUACUUCGCAAGCCUAUAGUACGCUUAUAGAAAAUCUUUCGACAGAAUUGCAGAGAUUCAACAAGGAGCAGUUUUCACAGUUAAAGCAGGCUUUAUUUUCAGUUACCUCGCCUCAUUCAGAUAUAUUUCUGGUGCUAAAAAUAGAGAAAAUCUUGCAAGGAAAUAUAGUACAGGCUGUGGAACCCUACUUAAAAGCCAAUAGAGAUCCCAGAUUUGCUCAAAAACUACACAAGAAUAUACGUAACUAUGCCCAGAACAUUGGCCAUUAUAGACAACCAUUUGGCUGGGCAGCCAAGCCUCUAUUUCGUUCAUACAGCAAUGAAUUGGAUACAGAAAAAGAUGGUGAAUUUGAAUUUAAUACCAUCUAUCGACAAGAAGUAAAUAAACUCAAAGAUGAGGAGUUAUUGAAAUUAUUAGCCGAAUAUCGAAAACCAGAUAAAUUAAGUAAAUUAACGGUUAUACCGGGACAAUUGAAAUUAAUGAUAGAGGAGGUAGAAAAAGUGGAAGGCUCAUUUACCAAAUCAUUAGUACCUUUGGUUAACUCCACCUGUCCACCCAACAAGCCAGUUACUUUAGAAAUAACCGAAUUCCAAAGUACUUCCGAACGAGAUUGUCAUCCAUUUACAACAUUUUGUAAUCAUUUAUUUGUUUAUCCCUUAAACUUACAAUUCGAUAGUCAGAAAAUAUUCUCCCGGGCUCGCAAUAUAACAGUUGUGGUAGAAUUAAGAGAUUCUGAUCAUGAAAAUUCCAAGCCAUUGAAGUGCAUAUAUGGCCGUCCAGGUCAAGAUUUUCUAGUCUCCCAAAUAGCCUGCCCAGUUCUUCAUCACAACACCACUCCCUUGUGGUAUGAAGAAUUAAAAUUACGUUUACCUUUGGGUAUAUUUCCCGAACAUCAUCUUCUGUUUUCUUUUUAUCAUGUUUCUUGUAAUUUGGGUAAAAAACGUGAUGCUAAUGCUACGUUCGAAACACCCAUCGGUUAUGCCUGGCUGCCGUUAUUGCAAAAAGGUAAAAUAAAUUUGGAUGAACAAGUCAUUCCAGUAGCAGCUACUUUGCCUGUCGGGUACUUAAGCAUUCAGCCCUUAGGCUUGGGCAAAGGGCAGAAUUGUGGGCCAGAUAUACAAUGGAUCGAUAAUCAAAGACCGCUGUUUGGUGUGGCCCUGCGUAUGGAUUCUACAGUACACACAGCCGAUCAACAUUUACACAAUUUAUUUGCUCAUUCCGAACGUCUGUUGGAAGGUGGCAAAACUACGGCUAUGCCAGCUGAAACGGAAACCUGUAAAAUUCUAAAAGCAGCUCAUGCUAUUGAUAUUACCACCCUUAUCAACUAUUUGCCUACUAUACUAAAUGAACUCUUUACCUUAUUGGUGCACACGCAAUCUGAAGAAGUUGGCUUGAAUAUUAUACGUUUACUUAUAAACAUUAUACACAUGAUAACGGAGGAAGCCGGACGCAAGGAGUUAUUAACUUCCUAUGUAACCUAUGUCUUUCAUGCACCCUAUUUUUCCCAAAAGAUUUCACGUACUGUACAUGGUGAAUUGUGCAAACAUUUGCCCUCUAUUUUGCAUCCCAAUAAUACCGACUUUUUGGUAGUCAAUAAGUUUAUGCGUUACUCGGGUAUAUUUUUUGAUUUGAUCGUUAAAAGUAUGUCGCAACAUCUUUUGGAUACGGGUCGGAUACGUAUGUUAAGAAAUGAAAGAUUUCCAAAAGAAUUCCCUGAAAGACUGGAAAAUCUUAUUAAGGUCUUGAUACCCUAUUUGAUAUCACGCUACAAAGAUUUACCCGUGGAAACCCAACAUCUUAAUAAGUCAUUAUCACAAUUUGUUCGUAGAGCCUUGACAUUUAUGGAUCGUGGUUUUGUUUUUAAACUAAUACGCUACUACAUGGAACAAUUUUCUCCCGGAGAUCCUCGUGUUUUACAGGAGUUUAAAUUUAAUUUCCUUCAAGAAAUUUGUCAACAUGAACACUAUGUGCCCUUUAACUUGCCAUUUGUUUUGAAUCCCAAAAAUCGUCCUCCCGAAAUGAUGCAACAUUUUAAUUUAACGGAGGAUUUCUGCCGACAACAUUUCCUAUCGGGCUUAUUGUUACAAGAACUGAAGAGUAGUUUGAAUGAAGUGGGUAAUGUUAGAAAACAUGCCUUGAUGGUAUUGAAAAACCUAUUGGCGAAACAUGAAUUGGAUGAUCGUUAUCAGAAUAAGGGACAACUAUCUAGGAUUGCUUUGUUGUAUGUACCCUGGUUGGGUAUAGUAAUGGAUAAUAUACAAAGAAUCGACGAUCUCUCAGAGGUAACCACACCCAAUGGUCAUGUUUAUGCCGACUCUGCUUCCUAUACUCAAAGGCUUUCGUGCUCCAGUAGUUAUGUUUUUGGCAAAGAUUCGACUUUGAAUUCCAAUACGUCUACUCCUAGAGGUAAAAACAGAGCAACUUUGCACAUUGAGCAUCCCAGUCCAGUUAGAGCUUCGGUACAUCUUAAGGAAACCAAUUACUUGGCUGCAAUAGCUGGUACUGUUAUUACCAAUGGCUGUUCAGAUUCAUCCCUUAACUCCCUAACAUCCGAUUCACAAAACUCUCAAGAUACCACCUUGGGAGCCAAUGGUAAUCAUAUAGAAAAUAUGGAUGUGGCUUUAAGAAAUGGUCACAAUCGCUCUAUUAGCGUAACUCAUGCCACCGUCAUGCAAAGAUGUGAUAAAUUCUCAGCAGCUGAAAGCAAAGAUCUCCUAUUGGGCUUCCUGUUUGUCAUUAAACAUUUAUCACAAGAACAAAUGAUUGGUUGGUGGCAAAAUUGCAAUGAAACCGAAACCAUUAACUUUAUGACCAUUUUGGAAUUAUGUCUCAUACAAUUUCGUUAUGUGGGUAAGAAAAAUCUACAUUUAAAUGAAGAAUCCAGAGAUGCUCGAGCAGUAAGAGCAGCCAAAGCUAGUACUCUACCAGCCAGAACAUCACCAGCUGCUUUAGAAAACUCCUCUAAUUUAAAUGAAACAGGUACCUUAAAUUUAACACACAAUCGAGAGAAUUUAUUAAGUGAAACCACUAGAAGUCAACAGGCUUUAUAUGAAUCAAAUCUGGCCACUGAAGUUGGUAUGAUCAUAUUGGAUUGUUUGGGUUUAUUUGCAGUACAAUUUAAACUUAAACUCAUAGACAGUCUCAUAUUACCAAAAUUGGCGCGUGUUUAUCUCAAGUUUCUGCAACUGGGUCAAUCGGAAAAUCUUUCCAAACAUGUUUUUGCUGCUCUGCGUGCUUUCAUCAACAACUUUUCGCCGGCUCUUUUUAAAGGCAAUGCCAUAUUGUGCGGUCAAAUGGUAUACGAAUUACUAAAGGCGUGUGACAGUCGUCUAGUGCAAAUUAGACAUGAAUCCUGUGCAGUUCUUUAUCUACUAAUGCGUAGCAAUUUCGAGUUUAGCGGACGUAAAGGUUUAACGCGGGUACAUUUACAGGUCAUCAUUUCGGUCUCACAAAUGAUUGGCAAUGUAAUUGGUCUGAAUAAUGCACGUUUUCAAGAGAGUUUAUCGGUCAUCAAUAGUUAUGCGAAUAGUGAUAAGGCUAUGAAGGGUACCGGUUUUCCAGUAGAGGUCAAAGAUCUAACACGCAGAGUGCGAACUGUUUUAAUGGCUACGGCUCAAAUGCAAGCUCACCAUAUGGAUCCAGAACGCUUGCUAGAGUUACAAUAUUCUUUAGCCAAUUCCUAUGCCUCUACACCAGAACUACGACACACCUGGCUGGUGACUAUGGCUCGUAAUCAUGAACAGAAUGGUAAUAUUUCCGAAGCAGCCUGUUGUCAUCUGCACAUAGCCGCCUUGAUGUCCGAAUAUCUGCGUUUGAAGGGUGGCUGCAGCAUUAAUUGGGGCUCUUUGGCUUUUAGCAAAAUUUCACGCAAUAUUAAUCGCGAUGAACAAGGUCUCAAAUUGGAUGCUGGUUCUCAGGAUUCUCAAUAUACCGAACAAAUGCUAUUGGAACAAUUAAAACAAUGUGCAGUAUUUUUGGAUUCUGCCGAACGUUAUGAAUGUUUGGGAGAAUUGUAUAAGCUAAUAUUGCCCAUUUAUGAGAGAACAAGAAAUUACAAUGAUCUACAAGAAUCCUAUGAACAUUUAGCCAAGGCUUAUAGUAAAAUUAUUGAGGUGAAUCGUUCUGGCAAGCGCAUGUUGGGCAGAUUUUAUCGUGUUGUUUUCUAUGGAAUGGUUUAUUUCGAAGAAGAUCAUGCUGUAGAAUAUGUUUAUAAGGAACCUAAAUUGACUUCCUUAAGUGAGAUAUCCGAACGUUUAGCAAAACAGUACAAGGAGAAAUUUGGUGCGGAUGUUGUGAAAUUAAUUAUGGAUUCAUCACCGGUUAAUGUUAAUGAACUCGAUCCCAAAUUGGCUUAUAUACAAGUAACACAUGUGAUACCAUUCUUUACCAAAGAUGAACUCGAUCAAAGACUUAAUGAGUUUGAACAAAAUCACGAUGUUGAUACAUUUAUGUAUGAAACACCUUUCACAAAAUCGGGAGCAGCUAGAGGUGCGGUCGAGGAGCAAUGGAAACGUAAAACUGUUAUAAAAACAACUUAUUCCUUUCCCUAUGUGCUAAAACGUAUACCAGUUAAAUCUAGAGAAAUUAUAGAAUUGAGUCCCAUAGAGGUGGCCAUAGAUGAAAUGCAAACCAAAGUAACAGAAUUAGAAGAAACCAUACUACCACCAGCCGAUGUUAAGAAAUUACAGCUUAGACUGCAAGGCAGUGUUGCAGUGCAAGUAAAUGCUGGUCCUUUGGCUUAUGCUCAAGCGUUUUUGGAUCCCAAAGUUGUUAAUAACUUCUCCGUAGAUAGGGUAGAGGACUUAAAAGAUGUUUUCAGAGAUUUCAUAGGUGUUUGUCAUACCGCUCUACAAUUAAAUGCCCGCAUGAUUUGCAGCGAUCAAAAAGAAUACCAUAACGCUCUUAAGGAAAACUAUCAGAAGCUUUGUCAGGCCUUAAGUGAAUUGCUAGAUGAACCUUUUCAACCUUUGGAUGAAGGUGCCAAUGCAACACAUCGCAAUAGCAUGGCCUUAUUUAAUGCCAUUAGUGGAGCUUCAAAUAAUUCAAGUACUGCCUAAAAUUAAUGUCAACAACCAAAACGUUUUCAACUUAUUCGUACUUCCCCUAUAACUAUCUUCUACUUAGUAGAUAAAGAAUUUAAGAAAACAAAACAAAAUAUCUCGAAAUUUAAAAAAAAAACAUAUAUCUUUCAAACGUAGUUUGUGUGUUAUCUAUCAUAAAUAUACAUAUAUGUAUGUCUGUCUGUCUCUCUCUCUCCCUCUGUGUCUGUAUCUAACAAUAUGUUACUAACAACAAAAUUUUUUACAUUAGUAUAAUCACGAAUUUAUAACCUUUUUCCAUUACUCAAAUCAUAGAUUGUCAUAGAUUUUAACAAAAACCUGUAGUGUUAUUUUGAUAAAAUGGGAAUUUUUAGAAUAAUAAAAUAAUUAAAUUUAAAGAAAUUUUUCUAAAAUAUAAAGGAUGAAUAAAUGGGGUUUUUAAGGUUUUCUUUGUUUAGUUUAGAAUUUUUAUACCUUUAACACUUUUAAAGCUUUUAAUUUUCAAAAAAACUAUUGUUGCAUUAGGCAUUUUUGUUAAAAAGUAUUAUGGCAUUGACAAAUUUGCAUUGAAAUAUUUUUAGAAAAGAAUAAAACGAUGCUAUUAAAAUUAUUGUAAACUAACUAUAGAACAUUGCAUUCUAUGAAAACAUUUUCAUCGCAUUAUAUAUUAUUGAUAAAAAAUGACAUCGCAUUCACAAAUUUACUUGGAAAAUUACUUGGCAUUGGAAAUUUUAUAAGAAAAAUUCACUAUAUUGACUUUUUUCUAUAGAAAAUAGCAUUGCCUUGACCAUUUUUUGAACAAAAUGUCAUUGCGUUGACAUUUUUCCAAAAGUAACAUUAAUAUGAAAAUGUUCUUUAGAAAAUUAAAUUAACAUCAAGUUUUCAAUCGAUAAUAGUAUCGCAUUAAUAGAUUUUUAAAGAAAAUAACAUUGCAUUACAUAAUUUAUAUAAGAAAUUUGAUUGCAUUUCCUUAGAAAAUAAAAUUGAAUUUAAUUAACAUUUUCUUUAGAAAAAACAUCCAGAUUUCUUAUUUCCACAUCGCAAUGAAAAUAUUUCUUAUGAAAAUUACAUUGAAUUGAAAAUUUUCUUUAGAAAUAUCGUAGCAUUGAAAUUUAUCUUUAGGAAAUAACAUUUAACUGAUCCUUUUCUAUGGAAAAUAACAUUGCAUUGAUCGUUUUCUAAAAAAAACUUAAUCGCAUUAAAAAUUUUCUUUAUAAUCGCAUUGAAAUUUAUCUUUAGAAAAUAACACCAAACUGAUUGUUUUCCAUAGAAUAUAAUAACGCAUUGAACGUUUUCUACAAAAAAGUAAUACCAUUGAUCAAUUUCUUUAGAAAAUAUCAUCGCAAUGACCAUUUUCGUAAAAAAUAUCAUCGCAUUGAGCAUUUUCUUUAGAAAAUAUAAUCGCCUUGAAAAUUGCAUUGAAAAUUUCCUUUAGAAAACAAUAUCGCAUUGAACAAUUUCAACAAAAAUAUCGCAAAGAAUUUUGACAUUGAAAUCUAUCUUUAGAAAAUAACAUUGAAUUGAUCUUUUUUUAGGGAAAAUUACAUCGCAUUGAUCGUUUUCUAAAAGAAACUUAAUCGCAUUGAAAAUUAACAUUAAACUGAUCGUUUUCCAUAGAAUAUAACAAUGCAUUGAACGUUUUCUACUAAAAGUAAUAGCAUUGAGCAGUUUCUUUAGAAAAUAAUAUCGCAUUGAACAAUUUAAACAAAAAAUAAUAUCGCAAAGAAAAAUUUCAAUAGUAAAUAACAUUGCAUUGAAAAUAUUCAUUGAAACAUAAUAUCGCAUUGAACUUAUUCUUAUUUAAAAUUUAUCAAUGCAUUAAUUUAUUCUUUUAAAAUAUGUUCCUUUUUUAAAUUUAUAUAUUUCAUUACUUUACUUCAUCACAGUUACUAAUUAAAAAUAUGUAGCAAAAAAGAUCUUACUAAUAUGUAGUAAUAUUUGAAUUGGGGUUUCAUAAUUGUAAUCAAUAUUUGAAAUUAAUAAAAAGCUUUCAAUCAUUCAAUAAUAAAUGCAAUUAUUUUAAGUUUCUUUAAAAUAUAUACAUAAUUAAUAUUUUAACUUUUUUAUUUUAGGUUUUCCAGUUUACUAAAAACUCAUUGAUAUACAAAUACGAACAAAAACCAUUUAACACUGAAACAAUUAUUAAUAAAUCCUACAAAGAAUCAAAUCCUCUCCAUCCAUAUUCCCACAAAAAUCCUACAAAUUCAAAUCCUUUAAAGCACAAAUUCAAUUAAUUUUUUUUAUAAUAUUUACAUUUAAUAUUAAUAAAAUUACAUAUAUAUUUUUUUUAUAAAAACUUAAGCAUGAUUUUGCUUUAUUUGACAGUUUAAUUGAUUAUUAUUUGUUAUGUAUUUUUUUAUAAAAUUUAAUUUAUAUUUUUAUUUUUUAAUUUUAAUAAAAAUUAAAGCUGAAUUCUGCAUUUAUUUAAGUUUCUAUAAUUAGUUUUUAAGCAAAGUCCAAAACGAGUUCGAAUCAAAACUUAACUAUAUAAUUAAAAUAUAUAGUUAUUAAACUUAACUUGAUAUUCAAAUAAAAAUUUAAAAUAUAUAAAACUAUUAUACAAUUUAAUCUUUAUUCCAAAAUAUUAUUUAUUU